GCGGAACGGAAGGAAGCAGCCGAGCCGAUCCCCACUCCAUCUCACAGCAACUUCCCUUCCCCUCCUGCGUCCCAGCUGUUGCACUUUUCUGGGAAAGAACCCUUGUGCUGUCCUACCUCCCCAUUCAAGUCCAAGCACAAGCAGCAUCAGCGCCUUCACUCCCUUGCCUGCUUACUGUUUCAGUUCUUGUUUGUUUGGAGGCGGGGCUUCCACUUCGUGGAGCUCUUGUCGAGCCCCCUCCUUCCAUGAGAGCUUCGAGGCUGCCGGUGCCGGAUCUCCGCAAGCGACCAUGAGCCAGAGUUUUGACAUCAACGUGCUUCUCGGAGAAGCAAAGAGCAGGUGGUUAAAGCCUUCUGAAGUCUACUAUAUCUUGUUGAAUCAUGAGCAGCUCCAGAUCACCCAUGAGCCACCGAAUAAGCCACCCAGUGGUUCACUAUUCCUUUAUAAUCGCCGUGUGAAUCGUUUUUUCCGGAAAGAUGGUUAUGCAUGGCGAAGGAAGAAAGACGGAAGAACUGUCGGGGAGGCUCAUGAGCGAUUGAAGGUCGGAAAUAUUGAUGCUCUGAGUUGCUACUAUGCUCACGGAGAGCAAAAUCCAUAUUUUCAGAGACGGUGUUUCUGGAUGCUGGAACCUGCAUACGACCACAUUGUGCUGGUACAAUAUAGAGAAGUAGCCGAGGGACGAUAUUAUUCAACAUUGUCAAAUGGAUCAGCAGGAUCACUUUCGACCUUGAGUUAUCCAAAUGACAUACAUGGAAAGCACGGCUCCACAUCAGACUUUAGUGAGGGCAAUGAAUCCCUCCAGAGCUCUGUUACUGAAGUAAGUUCUUAUUCUGCAAACAAAGAGUACAGCCAUGAUAGUGCUGUUCUACUAAGCAUACCGGAGCUUCAGCAAUCAACUGUGAUGGGCAUACCAGGGCAUGGCCAGCCUAGUCUGGAACGAAGUUCUGAAUUUUGCGUGGUAGAUAAUAAUGAUUCUACAAAUACAUCUGGGCUCAACCAAGCUUUGAAGAGCAUUGCUGAGCAGUUAAGUUUGGGUGAUGAUGACUACAUUUACAUAAAUCAACCGCGUUCUUUGGACUUCACUGCAAAUACUGAGGCUGCAGAUGUACAGGGAAAUCAGACAAGCAACAGUCUAGGCUACGAUGAAGCAAAUCAAAUUCAACCAGAAGAAACUCAUGGUGUUGGCAGGGGGAUAUCACCAUCAUGGGAAAAUGUUUUGCAGUCCGAUUUAGGUUUGCCAGCUUCAUCUACAUACCAGUUUGGUGCCCACUAUCAGCAAAAUUCGGAAUAUCAACCACCAGGAGGCCUAGACAGCAGUAAUUUGCAGCUGCGAAUUUCUGCCGCUAAAAGAUUUCUUUUGGGAUCAGAAGACUCUACUGACUCACCAUCUUAUAACUUCGUACCAGGAGAUGAAGGAAUCAAUGGCAUUAAUACUCUUUCUGCUCAUGACAGUAGUCUUGAAAGCUGUCUGAACCCGGAUUGGCAAAGAAUAACACCUGUAACACUUCAAAGCAAUUCGUACCAAAGCAAUUCAUGUGGCUAUGAAAUAUCAGAGUUGUUCGACAAUGGUCAGUUUGUACCGUCCUCCAAAGAAGAUACAAGACUAACCUUGACAGAGAAGCAACAGUUUAGCAUCCGUGAGAUCUCUCCAGAAUGGGCGUUCUGCUAUGAGACCACCAAGGUCAUCAUUACUGGAGAUUUCUUGUGUGACCCAUCGAAUAUAUGCUGGGCAGUAAUGUUCAGUGAAACUGAGGUGCCUGUUGAAAUUGUUCAGCCAGGUGUUCUCCGCUGCCACACGCCACUACACUGUGCCGGAAAGCUCACACUCUGUAUUACCACUGGGAAUAGAAAAGUUUGCAGUGAAGUCAAGGACUUUGAGUUCCGUGCAAAGUCAGCGGCUUCUAAUCUCACAGACUUCGCACCGUCGUCUAGAUCUGUGAAGUCUACUGAAGAGUUGUCACUUCUUGCCAAGUUUGCAAGAAUACUUUUGUGUGACAAUGGUUCCUCUGCAGUUUUGGGUGAUGAUCCUCUGCCUGGACAGAGUCCCAAACUUAAAAUGAAUGAGGAAAACUGGCAGCAGUUGAUCAACGAACUUGAUGUAGGAUGUGAAAAUCCACUAAGCAGGGUUGAUUGGAUCAUGGAGGAAUUGCUGAAAAGUAAAUUACAACAGCGGUUAUCAUUGAAGCUCCAAGGAGAUGAUGGAACAUGUUCUCUGUCCAAAAAUGAGCAAGGUAUCAUACACUUAAUCUCUGCGCUGGGCUAUGACUGGGCACUGUCUUCAGUUCUCAGUGCUGGUGUUGGCAUAAAUUUGCGUGACUCAAAUGGAUGGACUGCACUUCAUUGGGCUGCUUAUUUUGGAAGGGAAAAGAUGGUUGCUGCACUUCUUGCUGCUGGUGUUUCAGCUCCAGCAGUCACCGAUCCCACUGCACAAGAUCCAGUGGGCAAAUCAGCAGCUUUCCUGGCUUCUGAGCGAGGGCACGUGGGCCUUGCAGGCUAUCUUUCAGAAGUGGCGUUAACUAGCUAUCUUGCAUCGCUGACUAUAGAAGAGAGUGGUAUUUCAGAAGAAUCAGCUGCAGUUGAAGCAGAGCGAGCAGUAGAGAGCAUAUCUCAGAGGAGUGCCCAACUGCAUGGGGGCACAGAAGAUGAACUCUCACUGAAGGAUUCUUUGGCGGCAGUGAGAAAUGCAGCUCAAGCAGCAGCUCGAAUUCAGAAUGCCUUCCGUGCCUUUUCUUUCAGGAGGAGACAACACAAGGACGCCCGACUUAAGGAUGAAUAUGGGAUGACACAAGAAGAUAUAGAUGAACUUGCGGCUGCAUCAAGGUUAUACUACCAACAUCAUGUUUCAAAUGGUCAGUUUUGUGAUAAAGCAGCUGUUUCAAUUCAGAAGAAAUACAGAGGCUGGAAAGGGCGCAAAAAUUAUCUCCACAUGCGCAGAAAUGUGGUUAAAAUACAGGCUCAUGUAAGAGGUCACCAAGUGAGAAAGAAGUACAAGACUUUCGUAAGCACUGUUAGUGUGCUAGAGAAAGUAAUACUAAGGUGGCGCCGGAAAGGACAUGGCCUACGUGGCUUCCGAGCCGAACAAUCAGUGAUGAUUGAAGCAGAAGAGGGAGAGGAGGAAGACGAUGAUGACUUCAAUGAUGAUGAAGCAGUCAAGAUCUUCCGCCGGCAGAAGGUUGAUGAAUCUGUGAAGGAGUCUGUGUCAAGAGUGUUGUCCAUGGUGGACUCUCCUGAAGCAAGGAUGCAGUACCGUCGAAUGCUCGAGGAAUUUCGCCAGGCAACUGCUGAAUUGGGUGCAUCUGAUAAGGCAACAUCAUCAAUACUUGACAACGACUUACUCGUAGAAAUCGACAAAUUCACGUGCUGAAAGAAGCGCGCAGCACAAGGAGCGUUUGCCGAGCUUCCUAGCACAAGUUAAAAAUAAUAUGAAGUAGCUAGGUCUUUGGUAUAGUAGUGUGCAGCCCACUGUGACCUGAUAGUGUGUGUCCAGUUUGUACAGUGUUUGACUGAUUGUUGUAGAGUGAUGGUUGCAUCCGAUGAUGUAUUUUGUAGAUGCUUGGAGUAAAACCCUUCUGUUAUCUAAGAAGAGGAUGAUGGUCCUACGUACUGUUGUCUGUAAGUUAUGUAUUAAUUGGGAAUGGCAGGUUAUGAACACCAUAUCAAGGUAAUUUGACUUAAA